AUGAAAGGAAAACAUAAUAAAAAACCAACCAGUAAACUAUCAAAAUCUAACAAAACUGAAGAGGAAUCUAAACCCAUUGCACAGGAUUCUGAAGACGAACAAAGCUUUUCGAACUGGUUGAGAUCCGAUGAGGGAGUGGAAAAUCUAAAACUUUUUAUCGUGGGAAAUUCUAUAAUUGUGUUUUUGGUGCUUUCUUGGCCAAAUAUUAAAGAAACUCUAGAUGCUAUGUAUUAUUCAUACAUAGAAUAUACCGAGAGAAAAUAA